AUGUCUGGUGAUACUGAGGCCACAUUUAUCUUAUCCUUAGAUGAUGAUGACUCCACAACGGAACCACAAAUUCACAUUAAAACACCAAAUGAAACAACAACUGUUGAAUUUUCUAUAUCCAUCACUGAUGAUGCUGUUGAAGUGAAAGAGGAAUCCAUGACACUGGAGGAACAGUUAGCAUGGUUUAGUGAUUAUCUGGAAAAAGAAUCUCGUAUUUUUGAGGAAAAAUGGACACACCCGAUCCAGAAUAAUGCAACACUAAAUCAAUUCGAUCGGUUAAAAACCUUAGGCACAGGAUCAUUUGGACGUGUGAUGUUAGUGAAAGAUAAGAAGACGCACAUAUAUUAUGCAAUGAAGAUUUUAGAAAAACAAAAGGUGGUUAAAUUAAAGCAGAUUGAACACACUCUGAAUGAGAAGAAGAUUCUACAGGCAAUCAACUUCCCUUUCCUUGUACGUAUGGUUUUCAGCUUCAAAGACAACUCAAAUUUGUACAUGGUACUUGAAUUUGUCAGUGGUGGUGAAAUGUUCUCCUAUUUGAGAAGGGUUGGAAAAUUCAGUGAAGACGACUCCCGAUUUUAUGCAAGUCAAGUUGUACUGGCAUUCGAAUAUCUGCAUUCCUUUGACUUAAUCUACAGAGAUCUAAAACCUGAAAAUUUAUUAAUUGCCAGUGAUGGUUACCUCAAAGUAACUGAUUUUGGUUUCGCUAAAAAAAUAAAAGGUCGAACAUGGACACUGUGCGGUACACCAGAAUAUUUGGCUCCUGAAAUUAUUCUAAGCAAAGGUUACAAUAAAGCAGUGGAUUGGUGGGCACUUGGUAUAUUAGUCUAUGAAAUGGCCUGCGUUUCCGGUAAAGUACGAUUUCCUGGACAUGUUAGCAGUGAUCUGAAAAAUCUUCUUAAACAACUAUUACAAACUGAUUUAACAAAACGUUAUGGAAAUUUGAAAAAUGGUGUUGAUGAUAUCAAGUGUCAUAAAUGGUUUCGACUAACUAACUGGGUUGCAAUAUAUAGAAAAGAAGUAUGCGCUCCGUUCCUACCACCAUGUAAAGGACCUGGUGAUGCAAGCAACUUUGAUGACUAUGAAGAAGAACCUUUAAGAAUAUCCAACUCAAAUUAUUGUGAAAGCGAAUUUAAAGAAUUCUAA